AUGUCAACGAGUGGGAUAUUGAUCGCUUCCAACGUAACAUCGACAAAGAAUCCGUGGCAAUUAAAUACGCUAGAAUAUAAUGUAAUAGGAAUCUUUCACAUCGUUACUGGCCUUAUCGUUUUCUUUAUGCAAACGGGAUUUGCCUUCUUAGAAGCUGGUUCCGUUCGAUCUAAGAAUACAACCAAUAUUCUUAUUAAGAAUGUAGUGGAUAUGCUUAUCGGAGCUAUCUCAUAUUGGGCUGUUGGUUACGCGUUCGCUUUUGGAGAUGGUAACACAUUUAUUGGCACAAAAUACUUCCUACUCAUUAAUUUACCCGGGCCCGGCUAUUCUUUUUGGUGGUGUAAUUACGUUUAUGCAGCUACUGCAGCUAGUAUUGUCAGUGGAGCUGUUGCUGAAAGAAUUAAAUUUACAUCUUAUCUAGUCUAUUCUGCUGUUAUUACCUCUUUCAUCUAUCCAAUUGCUUCACACUGGGCAUGGGAUCCUCAUGGAUGGCUUAUGAUUGGCGUACCUGGAGCAAGUUACCAGGAUUUUUCUGGCAGCUCUUUAAUACAUGGAGUUGGAGGUAUGUGCGCUUUAAUUGGAGCUCUAUUUCUGGGUCCACGACUUGGGCGAUUCGAUAAAAAUGGCAAUCCUAAAAAUUUGCCUGGCCAUACUGUUCCAUUUGUUGCUCUGGGUGGGUUUAUUCUGGCUUUUGGAUUGAUAACUUUCAAUGUUAGCUCUUACUUUCGCGUAAAUGGCUCUCUUGACGCUCCUAAAAUUGCACUGAUUGGUAUCAAUUCUAUAUUAGCUGGUUCUGGUGGCGCCAUUGUUGCUUUAUUCACUAAGCGACUCCAUCCAAAACUAUCGAACCAUUGGAGUUUGCUAACUUGUAUCAAUGGACUGAUAACAGGGAUUGCAUCUGUCUGUGCAUCAUGUAAUAGCAUCUAUCCAUGGGCCGCUCUACUCAUCGGAGCAAUUGCUGGACUAACAUUUAUGGUUUGGAGUUGGGCAAUAUUAAAAUUUCGGAUUGACGAUCCUUUGGAUGCUAUCUCAGUUCACUUAAAUGCUGGAAUAUGGGGAAUGAUCGCUCAGUCUUUAUUCAACUUUAAAACUGGCCUAUUUUAUAGACAUAUGGAUAAAACGUCAUGGUUACAAUUUGGUUGGAACAUGUUAGGAUUACUUGCUAUCCUCACAUGGACCUCAGCAACAUCUGGAUUGAUGUUUUUAAUCUUGAAAAAGACGGGUUAUUUACGUGUUAGCGAAGAGAUAGAAAUUAAAGGUUUGGAUGUACCAAUCCACGGAGAGCCAGCUUACCCCAGAAUUAGCUACGGCUCCGGCUGGGGUAUAGAAAGCGACGUCGAAAUGGACACCUCAGUGCUCAUGCUUUUGCCAAGCGAUAACGAAGACAAUGAAGCUCGAGUAGUAAAAUCUCAAAAUUAA